CUGCUCUGAAAAGCCAUCUUUGCAUUGUUCCUCGUCCGCCUCCUUGCUCGCCGCAGCCGCCUCCGCCGCGCGCCUCCUCCGCCGCCGCGGACUCCGGCAGCUUUAUCGCCAGAGUCCCUGAACUCUCGCUUUCUUUUUAAUCCCCUGCAUCGGAUCACCGGCGUGCCCCACCAUGUCAGACGCAGUCGUAGACACCAGCUCCGAAAUCACCACCAAGGACUUAAAGGAGAAGAAGGAAGUUGUGGAAGAGGCAGAAAAUGGAAGAGACGCCCCUGCUAACGGGAAUGCUAAUGAGGAAAAUGGGGAGCAGGAGGCUGACAAUGAGGUAGAUGAAGAAGAGGAAGAAGGUGGGGAGGAAGAGGAGGAGGAAGAAGAAGGUGAUGGUGAGGAAGAGGAUGGAGAUAAAGAUGAGGAAGCUGAGUCAGCUACGGGCAAGCGGGCAGCUGAAGAUGAUGAGGAUGAUGAUGUCGAUACCAAGAAGCAGAAGACCGACGAGGAUGACUAGACAGCAAAAAAGGAAAAGUUAAACUAAAAAAAAAGGCCGCCGUGACCUAUUCACCCUCCACUUCCCGUCUCAGAAUCUAAACGUGGUCACCUUCGAGUAGAGAGGCCCGCCCGCCCACCGUGGGCAGUGCCACCCGCAGAUGACACGCGUUUUUUCUUAAAAGUACUUUAAAAAGGAAAUUUGUU